CCGGGCGCCACUGUCCAGUGCCACAUCGGAGAAAACAAAACACGUGAAAUCCACGUGUAGACACCCAUCCCGGACUUGCGGCAGCACUGGUACGCGCCGGCUUUUCCUGUCAAGCCAACGCAGUCCUCGCUCAGUGCUUGGUCAAGGCGAGGGCGUCACCCGGGGGUAACCGGUCCGUCCGCGAGUGACGCACGUUGUCCUGUCCUGCUGUGUGUCUAAGCGAUAACACCGGGAAGACACACCAUCUGAUGCUCGUCCACGAGUUGUCCGUUUAAAUCGAAAAUAGGUUCGGCCCUUGACUAGGUUCUGUCCUCUCCGUCUCCUGCUACUCGAGUCCUCAGAAUGUAUGCGCGGCUCUCGGCACUCGUUGUGCUACACUACGCAUUGAGUGUACUCGCGUCCAAGCACCUGUCUUUAGCAGAUGCGGCGCUUGCGAGCAUUUUGGCCGACGGGGCCCCAAUUCUUGGUUUCGAUCAUGGCUGCUCUCAGCGGGAAAAGACAUGCGACUGGAUGAGAAACUACCCCGAUCACACAAAGCUCGUUCACAUGAACCUCCCUGGCACUCAUGACUCGUCGACAUGGAACUACACUCAAGCCACCCAGGAUGCGUUCUUCGAGUACACUGGGACGUGCGUCAUACUGUCGCCGAGCCUUGCUUUGGUCUAUGAUUCUCAACGGAUCCAUCAGUGGAAUUCCGCCCGCUGUGUCGUUCCAGUGCCAGAACAGUUCGCUCUUCGAUGCCCUCAAUAAAGGGAUCCGAGUGUUUGAUAUGCGCUUCGCAUACAAUCCCGGAAAUGUGGAGCUGGGUUUCCAUCACAGUCAGGCCGUGUUGGCUCCACACACAACAGUCGAAGAUGUCUGGUUUGGUCUCUAUAGCUGGUUGGACAAACAUCCUUCCGAAGCUAUACUUUUAUCGCUCAAUUACGAAGGAUCGACGGGCACUCCGCGCGAUCUGCAGCUCGAAGAACAUAUACACGACAUCAUGACAAGCGAUCUCGCCCAACGCUACUGGGUGCAAGCCAACGGCACGCUCGGAACACUGGGAGAGGCGCGGGGCAAGUUGACCUUCCUCCAGCGCUUCAGCUACGACUUUCUCCCCUCCAAUGCUAGCAGCCUCGGGAUUCAGCUUGAUCCCUCGGCAUGGCAUGACGACCAGGCCAAUAUUGAGAUUGUCUACAACCAAGCGGAGAAGCAGAUCGCGUAUAUUGAGGACUAUUAUGAGCCCGAUGAUCUCGGCACCGGCGCUGGCUAUGCUGCGAACAUCCAGGCCAAAUUCAAGGCAACGACCGAACACAUCGAAAACGCAACAAAAUACAAUCCGGACCAGUUGUACUGGUCGUUUGCUAGUGCAGAGCACGACCUCGACACCCCACCGGUGUGGCCUGUGAUCAUGGCGCUCGGAAACGGAACCCGAACUCCAGGAGUGAACCAGCUGCUCUUACCCUGGCUUCAGGCACGCAAGGGUAAACGAUUCGGCAUCGUUAUGCUCGACUUCUUCGACUCGAUUCCAGGUCUUGUCGAAGCGGUUAUCGGAAUUUAAGACAUAUACCAAGUACGAUAAACUAUGAAUGCAAAAUAAUCACGCACAUCACGCGGCCAAUAUCUGCCAAUCGAUGCCAGCGUCUGGCCCAUACCUUUCUUCAAGCCAUUCGUUCGCCUUGCGAAAAUGGCCGUUACCCAAGAAGCCACGAUGGGCAGAGAGCGGAGAUGGAUGGGGGGAUUCCAGAACAAGAUGUCGCGUCUACGAAUGCUGAGGUAGGGCUUUGAACGAAGAUAGCCUGCGCACCUUAUCAACACCCACUUUCUGAACAAUCUUCUGGGCUGGCAAUCCCCAAGCCAUGAACACAACACCGCGCUCCUUGGAGCGAGCUAACACGCAUCGUAGCACUGCACGUGUGAGAUCCUCCCAACCCUUGUUUGCAUGUGAAGCGGCGCUAUGGGCGCGAACGGUAAGAAUUGAGUUGAGCCAAAGGACACCUAGAGACGCCAGUUGCGAGAGGUCCCUGGCGAUGCGUUAGGCACGCGUCGUCGCGAACUGUCCCUGGGCGCACCCUGAUUUAGGGGGUACGAAGGAUGGAUAGUCGUUCUGGAUCUGCUUGUAGAUGUUCCUCAAGGACGGGGGGAUCUUUGUUGGAGGCAGCACAGAGAAUGAAAGCCCUUGAGAUCACUGAACAUUUGGUUGGACAUAGAGAGUUCGAUCACUUGCCGUGGGCUUGUCCAAUAUCAUGAUAUGGGUCUUGGCCCAGUAUUACUACCUUGACAGAGUCCAACGGUGUGAGACGCGACCAUGAAUAGAUGUUCCCAACUAAAUCUUAGUUCAGAGGCAAACAGAUGCAGCAAAAGGGAGCGCAACUAGCGGGAAAGAUCGUCUGUGACUUGAUCUCCGCUUCGAGGAACUUCUUCAGCU